AUGGCGUGGGAAAACAAGACGAAACUCAAUGACUUUAUCCUGCUGGGCUUCUCUCAAUUCUGGGAAGCUCAACUUGUAUUAUUUAUCAUCUUUCUCCUCCUCUACAUGGCGACUCUCUUUAGCAAUAUCCUUGUUCUCUUGGCAAUCUUUCAGGAGCCUCGGUUCUACAAUUCACCCAUGUUUUUCCUGCUGGGCCACUUGGCUUUCCUGGACCUUGGCAUAGCCUCCUUUGCAAUGCCCAGGGCUCUUGUGGACUUAAUCACCCAACGCCAGAUCAUCUCCUUCCAAGGUUGCAUGGCACAGCUCUUCUUCCUCCAUUUAUUUGGUGGCAGUGAAAUGCUCCUGCUGAUGUUCAUGGCUUAUGACCGAUAUGUAGCCAUUUGCUAUCCUCUCCAUUAUGCCUCACGCAUGAGCAGGUGCCACUGCAUAAGGUUUGUGCUCAUUGCCUGGCUUUUCGGGCUCCUCCAUACCAGUGUGCAAUUAGGCUUUGCUGUGGACAUCCCUUUUUGUGGAUCCAAUCGUGUGGACAGUUUUUUCUGUGAUAUGCCUUUGCUCAUCAAGUUGGCUUGCAUGGACAAGUAUCUUCUGGAGGUCAUGAUGGUGGUCAACAAUGGCAUCCUGAUACUGGUGAGUUUGGGAGCCUUGCUUCUCUCCUACGGGCUCAUCCUCUACACAAUCUGCUCCCAGGGCACUUCUGGGGGGACCUCUAAAGCCAUCUCCACAUGCACUUCUCACCUCAUUGUGGUUGCGAUGUACUUUGGACCCAUUAUGUUUAUUUACUUCCAGCCCAAUAACCAUUUCAUUUUUGAUAAAGUGCUUUCUGUCUUCUAUACAUCCAUCACCCCUUUCAUGAACCCUACGGUGUAUGCCUUGAAGAACAAGGAGAUGAAAGCUGCCAUGAGGAGGUUGCAGUCACAGCACUUAAAAGUGGAUUAA